CGGAGAAACCAUCAUGGCGGGGCCACGAGAAGUCGGCUUUGGCUGACAAAUUGCUAUCCAUUAGAAGCAUAAUUUACUUGACGAUUCAGGUUACUGUUCCAUCAGUUAAGUGUAUAGUUCCAUCACCGAGCAGGCAAGUAGAUUAAGAAAAAUGUGGCAUGAAGCAAGAAAACAAGAAAAGAAGAUCAGGGGGUUGAUGGUGGAUUACAGAAAGAGGGCAGAAAGAAGAAGAGAAUAUUAUGAAAAAAUUAAAGCAGAUCCUACAAUCUUCCUUCGUGUGUAUGGAAGACCUGUAAAGAUACAUUUAGAGCCAGCAGUGGCAUAUGCCGCAGAGAGCCCACAGAGCAUGAUGCCAUGGCAGGGGGACCAAAAUAAUCUCAUUGACAGAUUUGAUGUUCGUGCUCAUUUGGACAUAAUUCCUCAUGUUAUUCGAGAAGAAUCCCCAGAACCUUCAAUCCCAGAAGAUGAGGAAGAACGGUCCUGUAAUUAUGAAAGAUAUAGAACCAUGGUGCAAAAUGAAUGUUCAGGCUUGACAGAGGAGCAGUGUUUACAGCAGAUUGCUAUUGAAGAGCAAUUUUAUGAUGUACAGAUUACUCAGCAAAGGAAGGGGCUGACUGAAGAAGAGAAAAAAAGCAAUCCUAAGAAGGCAGCAAUUGGUUACACAUAUGAAGAUGCUCCACCUCCACCAGAAGAAGAGGAAAACAGUGAUCAAGAAAGUGACAUAUCAGUAGAUCCAGAGGAUCAAGAUUUAGAUAUAGCACUUGAUGUGAAUUCUUUAACUCCUGACCAGAUACAACUCCUGAACAAGUGUGCUGCUACCUAUGGCAUGCAGACUGAUGAUUUCAUAGAAAUGUUAAUGAAAGAUAAGGAUGAAGAAGAAGAAUUGAAAAUGGCAAAACUUUUAGAAGAAGAGAAAGCACAAUUUUCAGGUAGAAAAUCACGCAGAGAAAGAAGAGCAUUUAAAGAGAAAAAACUUAAGGACAGAAAAUUUAGUCCUCCUAGUUACGCGGCUAGGAAAAGUCCAACAUAUGAGGCAAUGAGGUCAUCUUCAUCACGCUCAAGGUCAAGGUCACCAGAUGCAAGUCCCAAAAUGACCUUUAUCACCAGUUUUGGGGGUGGUAGUUCAGAUGAAGAGACAGGACCAAAGGUGCAAGGACCGAGUCUCCCUCCUCUAUUAACUUCUGAAUCACGGGGACCCUCGUGGCCCGACAAGCCUAGGUUGAAAAAAAGUACAUCAAAAUCACCAACUAAAUCAAGAAGGAUCAGGUCAGACAGCAGAUCUCGAUCAAGAUCAAGAUUCACGUCUAGCAGCAGAAGUUCCAAAAGCAGAUCUAGAAGUAGGUCAAGAAAAAGUUCUAGAUCAAGGUCUUCUAGAAGUCGGAGUAGAUCCUCCAGAUCCUCAAGGUCAAGGUCGAAAUCUAGGUAUCACAGAUCUAGAUCAAGGUCAAGAUCAAGAAGGAAGAGGGCUUCCUCUUCAAGGUCAAGGUCUAGAUCUUCCUCCCCAACUAAGAAAAAGGUCCAAAAGCCAGUGAUUAAAAGUUAUAGACGCCCAAGUCUUUCUUCCAAUGACAGUAUUGGAUCAGACACAGAAAAAGAAGAGAAAAGUGAAAAAGAUGACAAGGGUUACAAGAAAAGGUUGGAACCAAUAAUAGGGGAUGGUAAAAGUGCAGCUGCAUCCAAAUUUCAGACAAACCUUACCCCACAAGAAAAGUUGAAAAGGAAGAUGCAGGCAGCUUUAAACAAACAAUACAAAGCAGACAAAAAAGCUGAAGCACAGAAGCAAGAAAAGCAGGUUCAAGAACAAAUGAAUCGAGAAGAUGAGAUUCGUGCAAGAAUGAUAGAAUUGCGACGCAAAGAAAGGGAGAGACGCCAUAGAGAACGGGAAGUAGAAGAAAAGCAUAGUAAAUCGAGCAGAUGGGAUCGAAACUGGAGUCGAAGUCGCAGUAGGUCAAGGUCAAGAUCCAGAUCCCAGUCUAAAUCACACCAAAGAAAUCGGAAACAUAGAAGAUCAAGAUCGCGGUCAUCACCUAAACCAAGAUCUGGUUCCAGAGCACAGCGAAGUGAAAAACGUUAUGGAAGAGAGUCACGUUAUUAGAUUAAGACUUUUAAGUAGAUUUGUUGGCAUAAAUUGUAACAAAGGUCCUAAUUUAAUUACAAACAUUUAUUUUUCCAGUCAAAUAUAUUUCAUACAGUGUAAGACAAAAAUCAAAUAACUUGUUACAAAUGUCGAAAUAAUCUAGAUAAUUCAACAAUACAGGUAAAAGAUUCCUCAAAUUAAAAAAGAGAUAAAGGAGAAUGCCGGGUAUAAAUUUUCAAAAAAUCUGGACAUUAAUUAUUGACAAGCAAGAAUUGACACUUUAAUUGGUUAAAAGCUCUUUCAUAUCUUACAGCUAGUAAAUUAACUUUUUUGAUUGAAGCACUUCAACCCACUAAAUUAUGAACUAUACACACAUUGUGAGUCAGAUUAUACAGAAAUAAAUUGACAGUGUUAAUGUUAAAUACAAGGUGGAAUGUAUCCCAGUUUGUAAGUGUACCCAUGUGCAGACAAAAAAAUGUCUGGAAUUGAAGAAAUAAAGGCAAUAUUAUUUAAGGUGUAAGAUAUGUCAAUGUUAAUAAAGAGGGUGCAACUUCCGUCUUCAUAUCUAAGAAGCAAGUUGGAAAGUCACGAAUGAAAUGUGUCAAUGGACUUAUUUUUAGAAUUCCAAAAGUCUUGUUAAAAUGCCAAUUAGUAAAGCAAUAUUGCAGUAAUUAUAUUAUGAGUUUUGUUAAGCAUUUCAG